CCGGAAGUUACAUGGAGGACUACACGCCUUGAGCUCGCAAGCUAGUUUAGCCUUUCGAAAGUUAGCAUAGAGUUUUAACUGUCGUAGUCGUUUUCUUUACGAAGAAAUGCCUUCCUUAAAUGGAAAAACUGACGUUAUAUUUGAGGAUGAUGAUCUUCCUUAUGAAGAGGAGAUUAUCAGGAAUCCAUACUCAGUCAAGUGUUGGAUGCGCUACAUUGAAUUCAAACAGAAUGGACCCAAAUCCACGCUGAACAUGAUAUAUGAACGGGCUCUGAAGGAAUUGCCUGGAAGCUAUAAGUUGUGGUACAAUUAUUUGAGAGAAAGGAGAAAACAAGUCAAAGGAAAAUGCAUUAUAGAUCCAGCCUAUGAGGAGGUCAAUAACUGUCACGAAAGGGCACUCGUGUUUAUGCACAAGAUGCCCAGGAUAUGGAUUGAUUACUGUCAGUUCGUCGUGUCACAGUGUAAGAUCACAAGAAGUCGGAGAACGUUUGACAGGGCUCUGAGAGCGCUACCUGUAACCCAGCACCCACGGAUCUGGCCUUUGUAUCUGCGAUUCGCUCAUAAUCUGCCGCUGCCUGAGACAGCCCUACGGGUGUAUCGAAGGUACCUUAAGCUAUCUCCAGAGAAUGCAGAGGACUACAUAGACUACUUGCGGUCCGUUGGUCGCUUGGAUGAAGCAGCUGUGCGAUUAGCAGCAAUUGUAAAUGAUGAAAGCUUCGUGUCCAAAGAGGGCAAGUCUAACUAUCAGCUGUGGCACGAGUUGUGUGACCUGAUCUCUCAGAAUCCUGAUAAAGUGACCUCUUUAAAUGUUGGAGCUAUUAUACGUGGAGGCCUCACACGCUUCACAGACCAACUUGGAAAACUUUGGUGCUCUUUGGCUGACUAUUACAUCAGGAGUGGACACUUUGAGAAAGCACGGGAUGUUUAUGAGGAAGCCAUCCUUACUGUGGUUACGGUAAGGGAUUUCACACAAGUGUUUGAUAGCUAUGCUCAGUUUGAGGAAAGCAUGAUUGCCGCAAAGAUGGAGACCACUGCUGAGAUGGGACAAGAGGAGGAAGAUGACAUAGACCUGGAACUUCGACUGGCACGCUUUGAGCAGCUAAUUGCCCGGCGACCACUUCUGCUCAACAGUGUACUACUGAGGCAGAACCCCCAUAAUGUCCAUGAGUGGCAAAAGCGAGUAAAACUUCAUGAAGGAAAUCCACGACAGAUCAUCAACACAUACACUGAGGCAGUACAGACAGUGGAUCCAAUGAAGGCCACCGGCAAACCUCAUUGUCUCUGGGUUUCUUUUGCUAAAUUCUAUGAGGAAAAUGAACAGCUGGAUGACGCCAGGACGAUCUUUGAGAAAGCUACUAAAGUGAACUACAAACAGGUGGAUGACCUCGCUGCAGUUUGGUGUGAAUAUGGAGAGAUGGAGCUUCGCCAUGAGAACUAUGAUCAGGCACUACGCAUACUGAGGAAAGCUACAGCAAUCCCAUCUAAGAAAGCAGAGUACUUUGAUUCAUCCGAGCCAGUACAAAACAGAGUUUACAAGUCCCUGAAGGUCUGGUCGAUGUUAGCAGACCUGGAGGAAAGUCUUGGCACUUUCCAGUCUACAAAAGCAGUGUAUGAUCGAAUUAUUGAUCUACGCAUUGCCACUCCUCAAAUUGUCAUCAAUUAUGCCAUGUUCCUUGAAGAACACAACUACUUUGAGGAAAGCUUUAAGGCUUAUGAGCGAGGGAUCGCUCUCUUCAAGUGGCCCAACGUUUAUGACAUCUGGAACACUUAUCUCACCAAGUUCAUUGAUCGUUAUGGCGGCAAAAAGUUGGAGCGAGCUAGAGAUUUAUUUGAACAAGCCCUGGAUGGCUGUCCUGCCAAGUUUGCUAAGACCAUUUAUCUAUUGUAUGCCAAACUGGAAGAGGAGUAUGGAUUGGCACGACACGCCAUGGCUGUCUAUGAAAGAGCAACACAGGCAGUGGAAACUGAAGAGAGACACCAUAUGUUUAAUAUCUACAUCAAGAGAGCAGCGGAAAUCUAUGGAGUUACAUACACCAGAGCUAUUUACCAGAAGGCUAUUGAGGUUCUUCCUGAUGAGCAUUCGAGGGACAUGUGUAUGAGAUUUGCUGACAUGGAGUGCAAACUUGGUGAGAUUGACCGUGCCAGAGCAAUCUACUCCUACUGCUCUCAGAUCUGUGACCCAAGGGUGACAGCCAAUUUCUGGCAGACCUGGAAGGAAUUUGAGAUCCGCCAUGGAAAUGAGGACACCAUUAGGGAGAUGUUGAGGAUCAAACGCAGUGUCCAGGCUACAUACAACACUCAGGUCAACUUCAUGUCCUCUCAAAUGCUGAAGGCUUCAACAAGCUCUACAGGCACUGUUUCAGAUCUUGCUCCUGGCCAAAUGGGAAUUGAUGAUAUGAAAAUGUUGGAGCAGAAAGCUCAGCAACUUGCUGCAGAGGCUGAGCAGGAUAAGCCCAAACCCAAAGAAAAAAUUCUAUUUGUCAGGAGUGACACAUCUCGAAGCGAGUUGGCUGAGCUUUCCAAACAAGCAAAUCCUGAUGAGAUAAACAUUGAUGAGGAUGAGGAUGAAGAUGACGAGGACCAAGGACCUGAUGAGGUGCAGCUUGAGCAGAAGAGUGUUCCAACAGCUGUGUUUGGGGGCCUUAAGGAUGACUAAAAAAUUACUCAAUGAAUUUUGCAAAGAUCCAGACUUCUGUAAUAUUUCAGUGGCUACAUGUUUUAGAUUAGGAGGAAUGUUUAGAUAUAUCAUUAGUCUAAUACAGACAGCCUAAAAAAUUAGUAGACGCGUUGUCCUUUUAAAAUUCUGUUUUUUUGGUGAGGAGGUGUAUCUCUUUUGACCACAGGUCAGUGAUUCUUAAACAUGAAACCCAACAUGCUUGUGUAAAUGGGACUUUCAUAUGACAUUGCUCACACUUAAACCAGAUGUAUUUAACUUUAUUUCGGGAAAAUAUUUUGGAAAAAGAAAUAAAUGCAUUUAAUACAUAUUUUUUACCAGUACAAAAUUUAAAGACCUUUAUUUGACUGGAAGUUAUGUGCCAGAACACAUAAGGAACGAACAUUCUUUCAUCAGCUUAACGCAUUUCUAAGUGAAGCAAUACACUUUUGCAUUCAUGGCUUUAAUGUCACAAUUGGUAAUUUAAAGAAUUUCCAAAAAGUUGAAAAAAUUUAUUUUAAUUCUAAUUUUUCAAAUGUUUGGUUCAAGCUGCAGUUGCAUACUGUAUAAGCAUUAAACCGUUUGUAGUUGAAUGCUGGGAUUAUGUAAAGUUUCAAUCAGUAAAUGCUGUUAUAGAGAGCAGUUUGGUUUCUCUUUUGUUCUAAUUACAUGAUCCAUUUGCUCAUUAUUCAUAUAGAUUUAAUGUAAUAAUGCCAUAAAAUGGGAUACAGAGGCAAUACUUAAAUCUGAAAAUAAAUUUGGUAUUUUCUUACAAAUGUCUUGAAAGCAGAGUUGCUCAAUGUAUGAGUUGUAAGCACCCCAACAUUGGAUUCAAACUUUGACCUGUAUUAAAUACUGACUUGGAAUAGUUUUAUAAUUGUUUAGAAUAGCUGAGACGUAAUCCUCUUAUAAAGUUACUACAGCAUGCUGUCUAGACCAUUUGUGAGCAUCAUGUGAUGACGUGCUCUUGGGUCUGCUGUUUACCGAGGCUGUAGGUGCUGCAGGAAAUGGCUAUUUUGCCGUCAUUGCCUGACAUAAAAGUACAUUUGUUUUUUUUUGCUGGAAUGAUAUAUUUUAGUGUACAAAAUGAUAAAGAUGGGGAAGUAUCAAAAAAAUUUAAUAAAAUACACCAUGUUGUGAUGGGUC